GCGGUGCUACUAGCUUUCGUUGUCUGUGGUCCUGCAGCCGGCCUGCGUCCUCUCGCCAUGGAUAACCCGGAAAAUGUCUUUCAAAUGUUUGAAGCCCAUAUGCAGAGCUACAAAGGAAAUGACCCACUUGGUGAAUGGGAAAGCUAUAUGCAGUGGGUAGAAGAGAAUUUUCCUGAUAAUAAAGACUACUUGAUAAUGCUACUAGAACAUUUAAUGAAGGAAUUUUUAUUUAAGAAGAGAUACCACAAUGACCCAAGAUUCAUCAAUUAUUGUUUAAAAUUUGCUGAAUACAACAGUGACCCACAUCAGUUUUUUGAGUUUCUGUACAACCAGGGGAUUGGAAUCCAGUCAUCUCCUCUGUACAUUUCCUGGGCAGGGCAUCUGGAAGCCCAAGGGGAGCUGCAGCAGGCCAGUGCUGUGUUUCGGAGAGGAAUUCAAAACCAGGCUGAACCUCAAGAGCUCUUGCAACAGCAGUACAGGUUAUUUCAGACACGUCUCACUGAAACCCAUUUGCCAGCUCAAGCUAGGACCUCGGAACCUCUGCAUAAUGCUUCAAUUUUAAACCAAAUGGUACCAUCAAAAUCAAGUCAAGGAAAGGACUCAGCCUCCAUCUCUAAGAAUCAGGGUUCAGAAGUGUCUGGAACAAUACCUUCAGCUUGUGAUAAAGAGUCAAAUAUGGAACAAAGGGUGAUCAUGAUUUCUAAAUCAGAGUACCCUGUGCCCUCGUCUUCAGCAGCCAGAGCUGAUGUUCAACAGGUCGUUAUGUAUUGGAAGGAAAAGCUUAUUCAUGGAGAAUCAGAAUUUUCCUUUGAAGAACUGAGAGCCCAGAAAUACAAUCAACGGAGGAAGCAUGAACAAUGGGUAAAUGAAGACAGACAUUAUAUGAAAAAGAAAGAAGCAAAUGCUUUUGAAGAGCAGCUAUUAAAGCAGAAAAUGGAUGAGCUUCAUAAGAAGUUGCAUCAAGUGGUGGAGCUGUCCCAGGAGGACCUGCCCAGUGUCCAGGAAAAGCCUAAGGUGGAUUCAGCAUGUGUGGGGCUAGGCACAGGUGCUCAGUGGGAACUUGGUGCUCGAUGUCUUCCGUCACUCAAUCAGCAAACCCCAAAGAACUUGGGCGAGAAGCCCAGAGAGGUGCCUCCUGUUGUUCCUCCUGCGGCAGAUGCUGUUCCUCCUGCUUUGGUGUCCCCAGCAGUGUGCCAGAGCAUAGCUCCUCCUACUCCUUUGACAGCCCAGCCAGUGACAGAGUCCAGAUGUGUGAGUCAGAGUGCUCAUGGAUUCCAGCCACAGAGUGGAGCAGAAACCAAAGAAGUGUUUGAAACGCACAAGGUGGCCAGUGCAAGUUCUUUCCAUGCGACUCCAAACACGUCACUGGGAGUGGUUCAGGCAACACCCUCCAGAGCCCAGCCCUCGCCCACGGUGCACACCAAGGAAGCACUGGGUUUCAUCAUGAAUAUGUUCCAGGCUCCUACACUUCCUGAUGUUUCUGAUGACAAAGAUGAAUGGCCAUCUCUAGACCAAAAUGAAGAUGCAUUUGAAGCCCAGUUUCAAAAAAAUGCAAAUUCUUCUGGGGCUUGGGGAGUCAAUAAAGUUGUCGCUUUGACAUCUGCUUUUCCUAUUUUUGAAGAUGGAAACAAAGAAAAUUAUGGGUUACCACAGCCUAAAAAUAAGCCCACAGGAGCCAGGACCUUUGGAGAACGCUCUAGCAGCAGACUUCCUUCAAAACCAAAUGAAGUGCCUCAUUCUGAAGAGUUUUUGGAUGAUUCAACCGUCUGGGGUAUUCGCUGCAACAGAACCCUGGCACCCAGUCCUAAGAGCACAGGGGACUUCACCUCUGCUGCCCAGCUUGCAUCUACACCCUUCCACAAGCUUCCAGCAGACGCAGUGAACAAUCUGGAAGAUAAAGAAAACAUGAUAGCAACGCAGUGCACCCAUGUGCCGUUGAGUUCUUGUGUUGAGAAUGUGGUGGAGCCCUUGAGAGACAGAAAGUUCAGUCCAAUUCAAGAGAAGAGCCCAGAAGGCACAUGCCCCAGAGACCUCUCUUUGGCAUCCUUGCACCAUCCCAGCUGGCCUGCCCCAGUUGCUGCACUCACCCAGGAAGCUGUACGGGGCCUUGAAGCUUGUAAACUCACAGACACUGACCGAGCCGUUGUGGAGGACCCGUCUGAUGCCAGUGCCAGGCCCCAAGAAGACCUGAUGCAGACGGGUCCCCAUGGGGAUGUCAGUGCUCCAGACUUCACUAUUGAAAAUCCGUGGGAUGAUAAGUUGAUUCUCAAACUUCUAUCUGGGCUUCCUAAACCAGUGAGUUCCUAUACAAAUACUUUUGAGUGGCAGUGUAAACUUCCGGCCAUCAAGCCCAAGACUGAAUUUCAAUUGGGUUCUUCACUGGUCUAUGUCAAUCACCUUGUUGGAGAAGGGGCCUUCGCCCAAGUCUAUGAAGCUACCCAGGGAGAUGUGAAUGAGACCAAAAAUAAACAGAAAUGUGUCUUAAAGGUCCAGAAGCCUGCCAACCUCUGGGAAUUCUACAUUGGUACCCAGCUGAUGGAGAGACUAAAGCCAGCUGUGCGCCACAUGUUUAUCAAAUUCUAUUCUGCCCACUUAUUCCAGAAUGGGAGCAUCUUGGUAGGAGAUCUCUACAGCUAUGGGACACUAUUAAAUGCCAUUAACCUCUACAAAAAUACCCCCGAAAAAGUGAUGCCCCAGGCUCUCGUCAUCUCUUUCGCUAUCAGGAUGCUCUACAUGAUUGAACAUGUCCACAGCUGUGAGAUCAUUCAUGGAGACAUUAAGCCAGACAAUUUCAUACUGGGAAACAGGUUUUUGGAACAGAACGAUGAAGAUGGUGAUUUGUCUACUGGUUUGGCACUUAUUGACCUGGGUCAGAGUAUAGAUAUGAAACUUUUUCCAAAAGGAACUGCCUUUACAGCAAAAUGUGAAACAUCUGGCUUCCAGUGUACUGAGAUGCUCAGUAACAAACCAUGGAACUACCAGGUGGAUUACUUUGGAGUGGCAGCCACGGUGUACUGCAUGCUUCUGGGGACCUACAUGAGGGUGAAGAACGAGGGAGGAGUCUGGAAGCCUGAAGGUCUUUUCAGAAGGCUUCCUCAUCUGGACGUGUGGGAUGAGUUUUUUCACACCAUGUUGAAUAUCCCAGACUGCCAUCACCUUCCACCUUUGGAUUUGCUAAGGCAAAAGCUGAAGAGUCUGUUUCAACAGCACUAUUCCAACAAAAUCAAGACCCUGCGAAACAGGCUCAUUGUGCUGCUCUUGGAAUAUAAGCGUUUGAGAAAAUAAAAUUAACUGUGGACACUUUCCCAGAAAUCAUUUUGUAAAUACUAUUCUCUUUCUUUGAACCUUGAUGUUCUUCCAGAUGUA